GUCGCCAUCUCAGCAACAAUCAUCAUGCAAGCUGAAGCGAUCGAUGUGCAAUCGACGGACUUGGAAGAGUUAAGUCGACUGGCAACUCAACAACGUAGGACGCUGCUUGGGAACCUUACCCAGCUGCGCAAGCACGACUAUGCCUACCUGCGAAGCCUGCAUGCUGAUCCUCACAACAGCUACUUUCUCAACAUUGCGCGAUUCCAAGAGAGCACCCUCAACUUGUCCAACGCGCUUGGACCUGAAAACCACCAGAAGCGGUGCGAGCAGCUGUACUAUUUGGGCCUAAGUUUGGGCCGGCUCCUCACCACGACCCAUUCUUCGUCGCAACUCGCCAUGGAUGGCUGCCAGUUAAUGGACGAACUCGACUUCUACUUUGCCGCCCCCAGCAUCCAAAACAUGAAACUCGUGACAGUGGCGACGAAGGUGCCGUUCUACGAGCGACCGCGGGAGCCCUCCGCGGACGACUCGGUCUUCCCCGAACCUUAUCGCACGGUCGUGCGCAAAUGGAACAACAAGCCCGUGUAUCAACGCCUCGUCACGCCCCAUCUCGCGUUUCCGCUCGACUACUGUCUCUUGGUCGUGUCCAUCUGCGACGUGGUCACGCUCGUAUACGCCAAGCUGCAAGAGGAUCCUUGCCACCAACCCCACGUCUUUCAAGCGUUGCUUCGCUUGGAUGACAAGCUCAAGAAAACAGUGUUGGACCACGUUAACAAGCACUUGAGUGCCGCCGCCACGGCCUCGAUCAAGGACCAAAUGCAAUCGCUGCGUCCUCCCACCACUCAGCACCCACCCUCUCGUGCUCGUGGAUAGUACCUACUACCGUUACUACUACUAGUACUAGUAGAAGUACACCCAGUACUACUACUACUAGUAGUACUAGUACACCUCCAAUACUACUACUACUAGUAGGGUCCCCUAAUCAUGAACAGCUCUCCCAUACACACA